UGGAUGUAUCCUACACGACGGAUUUGCCCUAUUUGCAUUCUUCGCCUCUAUUGGCUGGAGAGUCUCCUCGCCCAUUCUUCUCGUCGCCCCAAUAAUACGCGGUGUGGAGGGGUGCAAUUCGGUGCGGUUGUGUGACUCCGUGGUUGCAGCAUGUCGGAGCAAGGCGAGUUGAGCGGUCUGACCGACGAAGAAGCCUAUAGCGCCUGUUCUGACCCUCAUCCCAGCACGAAGGACUUUCUUAUGCAACAGACAAUGCUAAGAGUAAAAGAUCCUAAAAAAUCGCUGGAUUUUUAUACUAGAAUUCUUGGGAUGACUUUACUUCAAAAAUUUGACUUUCCUUCUAUGAAGUUCUCCCUCUACUUUUUGGCCUACGAAGACAAAAAUGAUAUUCCCAAAAAUGGUAAGGAGAGGGUAGCAUGGACCUUUUCUCAGAAGGCCACAGUGGAACUUACACACAACUGGGGCACUGAAAAUGAUGAGAAUCAGGCUUACCACAAUGGCAAUUCAGACCCCAGGGGAUUUGGUCACAUUGGAAUUGCUGUUCCUGAUGUAAAUGAAGCUUGUAAAAGAUUUGAAGAACUGGGAGUGAAAUUUGUGAAAAAACCAGAUGAUGGUAAAAUGAAAGGUCUGGCUUUUAUUCAGGAUCCUGAUGGCUACUGGAUUGAAAUCCUGAAUCCUAAUCACAUGGUGACUUUAAUCUAGGUUAGAAACAAUAAUGUACUGUGAGCGCUCAUCAAGAUACUUUUUUAACAUUUGAGACUUCUUUAAGGGAAAACAAUUGAUGUAAUCAGGAAAAAAAAGAGUAUAGCAAGCUGAUCCUGCAUUCUGUUUCUCCUCUUCCCACUUACUUUAUCAAUUUGGUUCUUAACUUGGACAUUUUUAGCAUAACACAGUAGAAUUCAGACUCUUUUCUACACUACAAUUUGGAGGUUUGGAAGUGAGCGGCAGUGAACUGAUUUUCUCAUACACCUUUCUCUUUUCCUUGUUUUGUGUGGAAGGGGAGAUGGGAAGCUCGAUUUUUUGCUUUGUGGCAACCAAUUACCCAUUCAAUUUGAAGACAGAAUAUUCUAGUAUAUAUAUAUUUUUUGUCCAUGUAAACCUGUGGUGUUAUUAAGAUCUCUAUCAUAGUUUGAAUUUCCAAAUGUAUAACAGGAAAACCAGAAGUUUCAGCUUGCUUUUUAGAAAUUUACUUCUGUCUCCACUAAGCAGUGAUCUCUUGGGGUAGAACAACCUUCAAAACUUUGUUUUUUUAACGGUGAACCACAAUUAGUGCAAAUCAUGCCUAAGUGAAAUAAGGUCAACUUUAAAAGGAAGAAACAUUGUUUUGCCAUGGUGCCUGAAUGCAAUCAUAUGUUCUGAAAUUUGUCUUCUGGAGAAAUGUUUAUCAUAGACCCCUUUUCAUGGUUGGUGAAUUCUGUAGCACAAUACAAAUAGAUUCUUGCUCCUAGUCUAAAUAAAGGUUGCUCUAUUUGCAUCAUUUUAAAGUGCUGACAGAAGAUCAAAAUGGCAGUUCAAAUCUUUUUUUUUCCUGGAAGAAAAUGGAAAAUAUUAAAUAUUUGCACACUGGGCAAAAAUACUGAAGUCGUACUCUUUUUUUAUUCUGUAUUGGUAAAGCUGAUUCUGAUUUUGUGGACUCUUGUUUAUGCUUCUUUAUAUUUGGCACUAGGAAAAAUAAUUUCAGGACCUGUUGGGGAAAAAAUAAUUUAAAGUCCGUCUUAAAAGCAACUCUUCUAUAGAUAAAAGAAGUCUGUGGAAGUCUAUUCCAUCCUUCACCAGUCUGUACAUCCUCCAGAUAUGCUGACUAACUCCUAGGAACUUUCAACAAUGGCCAUGCUGGCUUCCACACAUUGGAAGGUUCCCACAUUUGGAAAGGGUGGUCUUUUUAAAAGUAAACCACCAAGAACUUCAUUGGGAUGUUACCUCCAAUAAGUAUAAGAAAGCCUCAUACUAUAUUGCUAGAGCCCUGUUGGUGACUUUGGCCCUGUUCAGUGUGUUGUGGAUAAGUAGGAAUACAGGACCCCUGACCUGCAUGUGUUGAGCAUUAUUCAUUCAGGUAAAACUCCUUGCACAAUUGGGAAAUCUUGAGUUUUGGCUUAAAGGUUUAUACGUAACAUUCCAGCAAAAAUCAGUAGAAGGUUUCUAUAGACCUUUGUAAUCAACAUGGGAAAUCAGAGCCAGAGUGGGACUGUCAUAGAGUAUGUGACCCUGUGUUUGUUAGUGUGCUUGCUGUAUCCUAUUUAGGCAUGCCUUAAGGCAUUUAAAAAUACUUCCAGAAGAGAGUUUCUGAAGUCACUGAAUUGCACAACUUUUAAAUAAAAUACUAUAGAGGAAAUAGAAAAAUACAGUUAAAGAUGAGCAAGGAGUGUCAUAUUUCAUGUGAUGCUUCACUGAUACUGAUGUUGGUAGCUAGCACUUAAAGUGGAGUGGAUGUUAUGACAUUUUUUUCAGGUGGGCUUUGACUACACACUACUGUAACCCCCUGUUGGGCACUGGGAACUACGUGAUUUGCAAACACUUCUAAAAAUAUAUGAUUAUAUUUGUUUGUACCUUACUGUGAAAAAAUAAAUAAAUGGAGGUGACUAGUAUUUCAUAUACUUUGGAUUUAGAGUAAAUAAAUGUGCUGUUUGCUUGCA